AUGGCGAGCGCGAGGUCGGCUGGGAGCCCAGGCCCGGCUGGCCUCCGCCCUCCGUCGCCACCUCAGAGCGCUCAGAGCGCCCAGAGGCUGGGGCUUGGGCAGAAACCGCACCUGGACGAGCGACGGCCCAGAGGGCCACCCACGCACUCCGGAGACCCCCUCUCAGGUCCCGGCACUGGUGUGGGCACGUCCCUCGGGACAACAAAACCGGAACCUAAGCCGCAGCUGCCGCCACGCUCCCACCUCCCGUCCGCGUCCCACCCCGAAGCUCCCGGCGAGCAAAAGGAAGCUCCGUCGCCGGGGCAGCCCGGAAGGCCCUCGGUCCGGCUAGGACGAAGCACCGCCCCCGCGCGCCCUCCUGCCACCCCCGCACGCGCCGCUCCGGGCCUGGGCGGUGUCUUCGUGGGCGGUCGGGCCCAGCGGGGCGCGGCCUCCUGGCUGAGCCUGCGGGGACGCGUGCUGGGCCCGGCCGCUGUCCCUCCCGCUAGGGAGGCGCCGGCGGAGGAGUCCUUCCUCACCUUCUCUCGACCUUCUGCGCCUUCACUCCCGAGUGGCCAUAUACCUGGAAUGGGUUAUCCCUGCCUGCUUCCCGCGAGCUGCCUCUCGAAGCCCUAA